GACCCGUUUAUCAUUUACUAGUAAGCCACCGCACGCGAGCCCGCGUCUUCUUUUAUUCCCGCCAUUUUUAAAACUUUUUAAAUUCGUCGUGGCACAGAAAACGUAAAACUUUCUAACAUGACAGUGAACCAGUGAUUAAUUUUAGUGUUAUUUAAAAAUGUUUUUAAUUAAAAUGAAAUUAUUAGUAACUGUGUUGUGUUUGAUUUCGAGAAAUUUAGUCGAAGGUCUAUCAUCGGAAGAAACAUUAGAAUUAACAGAGACAUGUUGCACUCACGGUCAAUACGAGGCGGUGCCGAUGACAUCAUCCAAAGCAUGCUCCGGAGUGUCUACCCCUGAUGACGUGGAGCCAGAGUUAACAGAAGCUUGCUUGAAAGCCGCCAAGGAUUGCUGUGAACAACAUUUCAUAGAGAAGGACGAUUGCGCUAUUGGGAUUAAAUUGUCAAGAAAGAAACAAUGCGGUCUGCCCAAAACUGAUAUUGGAAAGACAUGUUGCGAUGAAUGUUCCUUUGGUCGAUGGUCGGGAGAAUCUCAGGGUAUUGAUGCAUGCGGGAGUGCUGCGGAAGAGGGAAUGAGCCCUCAAACAACACUAAGGAAAAACGCCUUCCAUAAAUGCUGUUUAGAAGCUGCACAACAAACUACAACAGAAACGACUACAACGGAAAAAAAGAUAGAAACAACAACAGAGAGAAAGAAAGAAGAAAAGAAAGAGAAGUGCAAGAAAGAUUCCUGUCAACAUAUCUGUAAAGAUGGCGAUGGAAAGGUCAAAUGCGCAUGUCGCAAAGGAUUUAGAUUGGAAGCGGACAAUAAGACAUGCAAAGAUAUAAACGAAUGCGGUGAGCUGACGGAGGACUUGUGUACCGAGGAGGACACGGUGUGUCAUAACACUGAGGGCUCUUACAAGUGCGUGCCGAUCAAAAAGCGUGACGUCAGCCUCAGUUGCCCGCCCGGCUUCAAGCGAAACCUGCUCAACCAAGUCUGUGAUGACAUAAAUGAAUGUCAACUACCUCGGCCGCCAUGCCCGAAGUAUUUGUGUGAGAACACAAUCGGCGGGUAUAAAUGCGCGGGGAAGGCGGGCAAGCCAUUUGAAGAGGCCAUACCUGGACACACCACAGAAGUAGCCGCAACAACACCUACCGUGAAGAAUGAUAUAUGUCCACCUGGCUUUAGGGCUGGACCUGAUGAUGAGUGUCUUGACAUAGAUGAAUGCGAGGAGCGAUUGGACGACUGUCAGCGUCUUUCCCAGCAUUGUAUCAACACGCACGGCAACUACUUCUGCCAGGACCACGUCUCCAAGCGCUGCGCUCCUGGGUUUAAAGUCAACGCUGUUACUGGGAUAUGCGAAGAUAUCGACGAAUGCGAAGAAAGUUCAGAGGUGUGCCGACGCAGUGAGGUGUGUGUAAACCUGCCAGGUGCCUACAACUGCAAGUCCAAGAUCAGCACGCUGCCUCAGUUAACGAGGAAGACAUGCCAAGAAGGGACACGACAACGACCGGGUGGAAAAAUUUGUGAAGAUAUCGACGAAUGCCGCGAAGGCUCACAUUUAUGCGAUCAUUUCCAAAACUGUAUCAACACGUUCGGUGGCCACGAGUGCCGUUGCAAGAAUGGCUUCGAACUCGACUCUUCUUCCGGAUCUUGUGUUGAUAUCGACGAGUGCGCGUUGAAGCUGGACAACUGUCAAGGAGGCUUGCACUGUCUCAAUGUGCUGGGGUCAUUCACGUGCACGCGCAGAGCUGCCACUACGUCUACAACCAGGUCUACCACCAGUACCACAACACUCGCACCGCCCGCCGCCUAUGACUACGAGUACUAUGACUCUGAAGAAGAUAACACAACGAAUGUAGACAAAAUUCCUGAACCAAGUCUGCCCGUAUCAAAACCCACUACGACCACAUCAACAACCACCACUACAACAACCACUACUUCAACAACCACUCCAAGACCAACAACCACUUCAACGACUUCUACAACAACAACGCCUGCAACAACCAGUACCACUACAACAGCCCGCACCACUAGAGUACGGCCUUGGCCUGGUUACAACCCAUACUAUCCUAGACAUCUUAUUCCUACAACAAGACGAAAUCCUUACACUAUACCAGACCGUCCCGAACAUAGAAGACCAGAGUUCAGACCGAGAAGACCAGAAGUACCCAGCACUCCUGUUGAAGUUACUGUGCCAGCACCCACAAAUGUAGAUACUAUCGAGAAAGAGAAAGAACCAGACGGCAGUUACGGAUUGAACACUAAUGAUUUACCGAAGGACAAAUGGACAAACGUUAUAGGAACGUACAAGCCAGACCAACCAGACUUUAGUCUUGAAAAUUUACAUUGUUUGAAUGGUUUUGAAAAGAGCCCCAGUGGAGAGUGUGUUGAUAUCAAUGAAUGUGAAACUGCCAAACACAUCUGCAGCAGUCUCGAGGUGUGUCAUAAUAGUCAUGGCGGCUACACGUGCGAAUGCAUGCCGGGCUUCAGACGCGACGCGACCGGCUGGUGUGUGGUCAUCACUACUACAUCCACCACUACCACGACUACCACCACAACACCCAAACCGACCACGGUUAGAACUACCACUUCGACUACGGAAAUGACUACAACCAGCACAGAAGCUCCCCGGCCACCGCGACCACGUGUUCCGUGGUACGCUCCGCCGAUGUCUUGCGAUUUUGGAUAUGCGUUCAGUCCUGCUAUAGGAAAAUGUAUUGAUAUUGAUGAAUGUGCGAGUAAUAAAGCCAACUGUGCUCCGAAAGAGGACUGUGUUAACACAGACGGUGGAUACCGCUGUGUGUGCGGCAAGCGAUGCAGGGGAGAAACUGACACACCUGCAUACUAUCCAACGCCGAGAGAACCAUCGGUACUCCCGGACACAAAUGUCAUAACAGUAGGAGCACAGUUCGGACAGCGCGGGUCGAGGGUGAUGCGGCCCACUUACACUCGGGCAUCCUCUGGCUCCGUACUCACGUCAUGCCCCUGGGGAUACAAGCUUACACCAGACAAACGUUGCGUCGAUAUCGAUGAAUGCGCCCGCAACGUGUCGGAGUGUGGUCCUCAACAGCGAUGUGAGAACUUCUACGGCGGGUACUCCUGCCAAUGCCCCGCUGGUCACCGGCUGGUGGGCCAGCAGCGAUGUGAAGAUAUCGACGAGUGCGCGUACGGCAAUCCAUGCUCUUACAACGCCCAGUGCAUCAACACAAUUGGAUCCUACCGUUGUUCUUGCGGCGAAGGCUUCCGCAACGCGCCUACAAAUGAUAAGGUGUGCGUGGACGUAGACGAAUGCGCGGAGUCUCCGGGCGUGUGUGCGCAGGGCUGCGCCAACGCGUGGGGCGGCUACCGCUGCUACUGUGAGCGAGGAUAUCGUCUGCACAUCGACAACAGGACUUGCGUGGACGUGGACGAGUGCGCGGAGUGGGGCAGUUCACGCGUGCGCGGCCGGCUGUGCGGCGGCCGCUGCGUCAACGUGCCGGGCACCUACCGCUGCAGCUGCCCGCAUGGAUACAGACUGUCCGACGACGCACGCAGCUGCAUAGAUAUAGACGAGUGCGAGACUGGGGAGGCGCAGUGCGCGCGGGGGAGUGACGCGGGGAUGGUGUGUCAGAACACGCGCGGCGGAUACCACUGCCAUCACAUCGACUGCCCGCCCGGAUACCGCCUAGAGUCGAAACAUAAAUGCACGCGCAUCCAGCGCUCGUGCUCCGUGACGGACUGGGCGUGUAUCCGACAGCCGAGCGCAAUCAGCUACAACUUCAUCACAUUCGUCUCCAACAUCUUUCUGCCUGCGGGGAGUGUGGAUCUGUUCACGAUGCACGGGCCGUCGUGGCGCGACUCUGUGGUGAGCUUUGAGAUGCGAGUGGUGGAUGUGCAGGCGCCCAGCGGCGUCAAGUCUGCCGACCUCUCCUGCUUCGAUAUGCGUCCGACGGGCAACGUGUGUGUGGUGUCGCUGUUGUGCGCGCUGGGCGGGCCGCAGGUAGCCGAACUGGAGUUAGCCAUGUCGCUGUACCAGCGCGGACAGUUCGCAGGCAGCGCGCUUGCUAGACUCGUCGUCAUCGUCUCUGAAUACGAGUUCUAGGACAAGUUCUAUGAUAACUAUAUUUGAGUACCUUAUAGAUAGACACUAACGCCUUUUAUGUGGACACUAACGCCCUCAAGAUAGACAUAAACACCUUCUGGAUGGUAAUUUAGGGUCUACGAUAGUGAUUUAUUAUAUCUAGAUCUGACAUAAACACUAACUCUAUUUAUAUUUUCACAAUGUCUAUAUUAUAAGAAACAAUGAACUAUUUGGUAAUUAAAAAAACUUUCAAAUUACAUUUUAGUGGUUUGCUUACGUCACAUGUCUAAAUUUAAUGACUUCCAUUUCGUAGUUCUUUUCACAGUUUUUUUUAAAUACUUAGUUAUAUAGGUGUUAUUAGGAAAUAGACUUCGUAAUUGUAAGUGCUACUUAUUUAUUGUGAUGUUGGAAUAAAUUUAUAUGAUUA